AUUGAAAUGCUCCCUCUUCACUGCCUGCUAUAUUGUAGCUUAGCCGCAGCAGCUAGCCACCACUCUGCCUUCUACAUCCCCCAAGCCUGACGAGGGCAACGACGUGAUGGAAAUUGACUCGCUUGAAGAGGCGCUCAGAGAUUUUGAUAAGAAUGCGAAAAAGGAGCCUUCCCCCCUUUUGGAACAGUUUCUGUGCCAUGUUGCCAAAACUGGGCAGACCAUGGUUCCAUGGUCUCAGUUUAAGAACUACUUCCUGUUUAAAUUGGAAAAAGUGAUGGACGACUUUAGAGCCUCAGCACCUGAGCAAAGGACUUCUGCCAACCCAAAUGUGGAGUCGGUUCCAUUUGAGGAUAUGAAGGAGAGAAUCUUGAAGAUUGUGAACGGAUACAACGGAAUCCCUUUUACAAUCCAGCGUUUGUGUGAGCUGCUCACAGAUCCCAAAAGGAACUACACUGGAACAGAGAAAUUUCUACGAGGGGUGGAGAAGAAUGUAAUGGUGGUAAGCUGUGUCCACCCCACGUCAGAGAAAAACGGAUGCAGCGCUGUUAACCGAAUGAACGGAGUGAUGCUUCCAGGAAACACAUCUGCUUUCACAGACAGGAAAGUAAACGGUCCAGGAACCCCUCGGCCGCUGAACAGACCAAAGGUGUCUCUGGCCACCUCACUAGCAGCUAAUGGUUUGCCAGACAGCACAGACAACAAAGACCUCAAGACGGAGCAGGAAGAAAACAAAGACACCAGCAACGUCUCGCCUUCAGAAGGCUCUCCAGGAAGUGCUGUGAAGAACAAACACUCAGAUGAGGAGGAGGAGGAAGAGGACAUGGAGGCUGAACACCAGGAGGUGAAGAGGCUAAAGUUCUGCAAAGAUGAGGAGGAAGACGACGAUGACGAAGAGGAAGAGCCGGAGGCACCGAGGUCUUCAGACAACAGCCACCACUCUAAAGAGGCUGAAGCCAUGGUACAAGUGAAGGAGGAGGAGAAGAGUGAAGCCUCCAGCUCUGCUGCUGCCAGCGAGGAGCAAGAACCAACUAGCAGCACACAGCCCGAGACCUGCAAGGGAUCAAAGCAGCAGGAGGAAGGGGGGCAGGCCGAGAGGGAGGUACCGUGUGGCUCUGAAGAGGAGGGCACUGACAUGGAUCAGAUGGAUCAGCAGGCCCCUGCGAGCAUCCAGGAGAGUCCAGAGACCAGCAGGGAUGGAGAGGAUAGCAGCAGCGACCCAGUCAGCAGCAGCAGCAACGGUAGCAGCUGUAGUACUGAGGAGGGGGCAGAGGCAGCCAGAGAGGACGUGGCUGUUGCUCCGUCCAGCAGUACGACCGAGCCUCCCACAGAGGGCGCCACCUCAAACACUGAGACCACCGAGGAGCCUAUGGAGCAGGAUUAGACUGAAGACCACCCCCUGCAACCAUACAUGACCGUAAACCAGCUCGUCCUUGAAUCCAGGCUUACUGUGGCUGGGAGCCGGGACGAAAGGCACCUCAAACACAAGCUGAACACCUCGUCCUGCCUCUGGACACUCCUCUGUCUGAAACGGCUACCUGGCACUGAUGAUGUGGGCUACAGAAAGAACCCCCUCCCCUCUCUCUUUUUACUGGAAUAUAUUAAAGGUUUCUGUCAUAAAUCCCCCAGAUCAGGGUUGGUUUCUGCAGCCCUGGAUGAGUUGGCUGGAUUUUUUUAUUUUUUUUUAUUUUAUUAUUAUUUUGAUGUUCAGUGGGGUUGUUUUGAAUACUGUGGCGAUACGGCUCAUUGUUUGGACCACUUACUCCAAUCUGUUGGCCAUGUGAUGCAACAGGAAGUCCUUUGAAGCCCAGACUGUUGAAACAGAGCCAUCCCACAUACAGCUAUUAUUUAGGAAACUUUUGAUUGAAAUAAAACCACUUUUUUAAAUUGUUUUUGAAAUAUGUCGGCCUGUUUAUCCACCAUGGUCCAUCAGCCAGUUCAUUAUUUCUACAACUGAUCUCUCAGUUCCUGUGAGAUGGGAAACCUUUACUUUCAUCACCUGCUGUCCUCUUUAAAGCAUCUUCCCACAGUGAUACACUACCAGUCCCACUGAGCUAAAAGACAUGCUACCUUCUUAGAGGCGUCCUCUGUGAACUGAUGCUUUUUUUUCUUUUUUUUUUAAAUGCAUAAAACCAUAAUUUAUGAUGAUUUCAUUUCAGUGACCUCUUCUGGAGUACCGUUUGGUUUUUGUCUGCCGGUUGUAGUUCCCCAAAACCAGCUGUAAGUACAAAGACGAAGCGCUUUCUUUGUAUCGUGAUGUCACCACGUUGUUUCACCGACUGACCAACUGAUAUCCGGUUUCUGGUUCCAGUUCUACACCUGUUUCUGCAGCUGUACUUUUUUGAUAUUUAGAAUUUAAAAUUUCUGUAAAGUAGAUUUUUUUGUAGAUUGUAAUACAGUAUGUGUUCACUGCCUUUGUGAAACCAUAUAUAAUUGUAUAAUUUCUGUGUAUACUCUGAAUGCUUUUGCUUUCAGUGCAGUAUUCAGAAACAGCAAUAAAUGUUAACA